UGGAAAUGGACCCAACCUCUUCAGUGCACCAGCAUCCCAAAACCGUGAGUAGUUUGGAACCAGAUGAAGAAGCUCAACAACACCAAGAAAUUCACUAUGCAAAAGGCACCACGUUCUCCAAGACUUGCUUCAAUAUGCUCAAUGCUUUAUCCGGAGUUGGGGUCGUUGUCAUUCCAUAUGGAUUAUCACAAGGUGGCUGGGCAGGCUUGGGAUUUCUUGGGCUACUAGCUAUCAUUUCCUACUACACAUGCUUACUCCUUCAACGUUGCAUGAACAUGGACCCUCACAUCAAAUGCUACCCAGACAUAGGCAAUCUUGCCUUUGGUCCCAAAGGCAAAAUCAUCAUCUCUACAUUUAUCUAUCUUCAACUAUUCUUACUUGACAUAAGUUUCUUGAUAUUAGUAGGUGACAGUUUAGCUAAAUUGUACCCUGAGUUUGGCUACAAAAUUGGCGCUCGGAGAUUAGACGGAAGCAAGGCAUUUAUUAUUUUAUCAGCUAUGGUUGUUCUCCCAAUUGCUUGGCUAAAAAGCUUGAGGAGACUGGCCUAUGUGUCAGCAAUUGGGGCUUUUGCUUGUGUGGUUGUGAUAGGUGCAGUUAUAUGGGUUGGUCUAUUUGGUGGGGUUGGGUUUCAUGACAAAGGAAGCCUCAUUAAUUUAAGUGGAAUACCAAUGGCAACUAGCAUUUUUGCUUUGUGUUUCAAUGGGCAUGCAGGUCUCCCUACCGUCAUUGGGGCAAUGAAAGAUAGAAGCAUGGGUCCAAAGGCACUGGCCAUUUCCUUCAUCACUUGUUCCACGGCUUAUGCACUGAUGUCGGUCCUCAGUUACCUAAUGUUUGGAGACCAAAUAAAAUCACAAAUCACGCAAAAUCUCCCAAUUAAAAAUAUUAGCUCCAAGAUUGCAAUUUAUGUUGCUGCUAUACUUCCAUUGUUAAAAUAUGCACUAGUCAUGGCUCCGGUCGUAGCUGCCAUCGAAGAGAGUUUUUCUCUUUGCAGGAAGAGGGUGGUGAAUUUAUUAUUGAGGACCACGAUGGUGGCUCUCACAGUCAUAAUUGCUCUGACAUUUCCUUUUUUCGGGGAUAUGAUGGCAUUUAUCGGAUCGUUUCUUGGCGGCACCGUUGCUCUAAUUCUACCAUGCAUUUGCUACCUGAAGAUCUUUAAAGGCACAAAGAGUUGCAUGGUUGAGAAAGCUAUGGUGAUGGGGAUUUUGAUGUUGGGUUUUUGCAUGGCAACUAUUGGGACUUAUUUCUCUCUAAAGCGCAUGCUGCAGAAAAUGUAAAUUCUUGAUGAUAUAAUUCAUGUAAUUUAAUUGCUAGGGUAAAUUAAAGCCUUUGUCUUUUCAUCAUGAGCAAAAUUGAAGAUAGCAUCAUGUAUGAAUUCAUUUAGGCUUGUGUCUCCUACACCUAUGUUACCUGACACUCCAUUCCUACUGCUGUUCAAAGAAUAAGAGGAGCUAGUUGAAUGCAGUCCAUGUGUACAGUACGUAGCACCUAUUUGUAGAGGAUUAUGAUAGUUUUCUCUAAGAGGGAGAUACUACAA